ACAGAGAUAUACAUAAAGAGAGAUAGAUGGAGAGAGAGAGAGAGAGAGAGAGAGAGAGAGAGAGAGAGAGAGAGAGAGAGGUGGUUGUGUGAUGUCCCGACCAGGAUCACGAGGGAGGUUCACCAGCCUCCCGGACCGGGAGGCGCCUUUCCAGGAGGCCGAUGAGAGUCGACAGCGCUGGCUGCAAGGAAAGCAUGCGGUAUGGGAAUGGGUGCGUCAGGGACAGGAGGUGGGAGUACGAGGAAGGGGGCAGUACAAGUUGCGUUGCACAUUGUGCAACCAUAUAUUGGUUGGGGCACGGACGAAGGCAGAGGACCACUUCACCCGCCCGGCUGCGCACUACAGAUUUCGUACAGGAGAGAUUUUGUACAAGUUAACGAGAGACGGGGUCUCCAUCACGGACCCUGUGGGGAGGGCUAUGGCAGAGAGGCACAUGGAUGUCCGCGAGGAGGGGUUGGAGAUGGAGGACCUGCGAAGGGCCGAUGACGCAGCCACCCCUGCUGCACGCAUGGCAGAUGACCGGGCUGCUGACCACGGAGACGAGUCGGGAGGCCGAGGGGUGGAUCCCCCCAUGACGGAUGAGGGACGGGUUGGCGGUGUGCGCGUAGAGGACGAGCUCACUACGCUGAGAGAGAGGAUACGAGUCCUCGAGGCGGGGCGACAGCCGACCCGCUCGGAUGACACUUUACGACAGUGUUCGAGGUGGGGAGUGAACAUGGCGUGGCUCAGGACGGAGGGCACAUCUGGCCCAUCGGGCGUCGUCGUGCCCCAUGAUCGUCGAAUGCUGCAGACGAGGUUGGAUAGUUGGGUCAGUGGGGGUUUGCAGCAGCAGUACGAGAGGUUGUGGGCGAGAGCGUUGUUCAGGGCUGGGGUACCUUUCUCGUUCAUGCACCUCAAGACCACACAGGAGCUGCAUGACUUUAUGGUAUCAUUGAUGUGGAUGACGAUUGGGCCAGCUUUGGUCCUACCGUCAUACACAGACAUGCGCACACGGCUCCUAGAUGAGAUCUACCACGAGAUUGCGGAAAGAGUUGCACCGAAGAAGGCGAAAUGGAAGCUCACAGGGUGCACCAUGAUGACAGACGGGGCUACAAUGAGGUCGUACAAGCCCGUCGUCAACUUCAUUGCAGCAGGCGAGGACGGGUCAGUCUUGAUCACCACCGUCGACAUGUCGGAGAGGGACAAAACUGGUGUGGCACUCGCGGAUUUGUCGGAGGACGUCAUCCGAGAUAUUGGCGUUGACGUUGUCAAUGCGUAUUGCACUCACAAUGCGUACGCCAAUAAGGUGGCUGCGCAGCGGUUGCAGGACCAUCCCGACAGCGCCAUCUCUCGGAUCCCUUGGCUCCCCUGUGUGGCCCAUUGCUUGAGUCUACUCCUUCGAGACAUCACGUGCUUCCAGUGGGUGCGCCCUAUUUUGAAGAACACACACAAGGUUGUGAUGUUCUUCAAGAACAUUCAGAAGGCCCUCACGUAUCAUCGCUCCUUUAAGGGCCGAGGGCAGCUAGAGCUGAUCCGACCAUGUGACACACGGUUCGGGUCGGCAUUCCAGAUGGUGGAGCGCCUUACCGAUCAGGAGCGCAUAUUGAGGGAUGUUGUGGGCAGUGUGAGAUGGCGCUCCACCCCAUGGAAGGGGAAGGCAGCCCAGGAUGAGCGCCCCGUUCGACAGCUUGUGAUGUCCGACUUGUUUUGGGAGAGUGCGCACCGCGUACAGGAUGUCAUGCAGCCGGCGUAUAGUCUGUUGCGUGACAUGGAUAGGGACGGUUCUUCCCCCCCCACCCUGUGGGGGUUUGUGGACAGGAUCAGACAGCGAGUUCGCGACACUGGUCUUUCUGAGGAGGAGGAGACAGAGAUUUUGGACAGGGUGGAGUACCGUUGCAGCAUGAUGCGGCAGCCAGCGCAUGCGCUCGCAUACCUGGUGGACCCGCGACGACGAGAUGUGUCUUUGUUGGCGGAUACUGGCAGCACGGUUGUGCAGAGUGCGCUGGAUCAUUUAUCCAGGUUCACUAUCGAUGGCCGGGGGUCAGAGGAGCACGACAAGUUGUGGUUCGCUUUGUACUUGUUCCACCAUGAUGAUCCCCACGCGAGCCCCAGGCCAAAAUGGUGGACGAACGACAAGGUGAAGGCGGACGCGGGGAGGAUGCACCCCGCGUAUUGGUGGUAUCCGCAUGGUGGCGACUUCCCGCGUUUGCGGGAAGUUGCCAUCAAGGUGCUCGCUAUGUGGUCCACUGCCUCUCCUUGCGAGAGGAAUUGGGCCUCGCACGACUUCAUUCACUCGAAGAGGCGCAAUAAACUCUCGAGUGACAGUCUGCGGAAGGUCGUGUUCAUCCAUUGGAACAUGCAGCUUCUGCGAGCUCAGUCGGGUCCCCGGAGGGGUUUCGUGGAUGUUUGGGAGGAUAUGGUGGAGGAUCCGCCGGAGCCGCAGGUCKGCGCUGCCUCUGAGGAGGUGUAUGACGACAGCAUGACGAUCCCUGAGGAGGUGGAGGCAGAGAUUCGUAGUCGGCGCAAGGAGGGGGGGGAUCGUGCUAGUGUACGACUGUUGCAGGGGAGGGACUACGAGGAUGAGGACGAGGAGGACGUCAUUUACCAGGCGGAUGACGUCUGGGAGGGGAAGGACAUGACCGAGGAGAUUGCGGCAGCAGGGAAGGGGAAAAAGGUAGUGCGUGAUGAUCCUCUCGUCUCUCGUGUUUGGGACAGAUGGGGGGGCCUUGACAUUGUGGAUGACCUGGACGGCUACCUGCACGGCUCCAGACACACCCUUCAUAUGAUGAAGGACAUUCACGAGUGUCGCAGACCGAAUGAGGGGAGUGCAGAGGUUCAGCAGGACCGUCGUGUGGAUACGGGCUUUCGUGCGACCACCUUCGACGGUGAGGCAGGCUCUAGUGCAGCUACCACAGAGGUAGGAUCGACACUCACGGCGGAGGUGGUAGCCCCACCCCCCCCUGCUUCAUCGUUUGGUAUGCCAUUUGUUGUUGGGACAGGAGCGGAGCAUUGUGAUGCCCCUGUCCCGGGUCGUGUAGCACAACAGCCAUGUCCCGCCGUUGAGGAGCAGGGGAGCGCUCCUGUUCCUGAGGAGCAGGGGAGCRCUCCUGUUAYCGASGAGCGUGUGACACAUGCCACUGUUUUAGAGGAGCCGCAUCCCGUUGUCGAGGAUCAGGUGACAGGUAUUGUGCAGCAGGAGGGAGCUGUUACGGAUGAGGGGGGCCACGAGACAGACAUAGAGCCCCCUUCCACGGACGAGGAGGUUGCUCCCACAUCGGCAGAGGCCCCUCGUACGUUAGAGAGCACGGAGCCGCACACAGCGACGACGACGACGACGACGCUUGGAGGGAGUCCUGGAGCUGGGAUGACUUCCGCUGCACUUCGGCAUGUGUCAUUCUAUACCGCUCCUCCGCUGCCUGUCUUACAUGGUCGUACUGUGGUUCGCGGACCCGGCUUGACUCUUCCCCCUCGUACAUCGUCUCCUACUGCCACGACGCCUGUUGGGCAGUUGUCGUCAUCCAUGAGCAUAGCGGCACAGCAUUCGCAGGGCAGUCGAGGUGUUCCAUCGGUGGCCCCAGUGGCUCGCAGUCAUUCGGAUCCUGUGUGCAGUGGACCGGUCGUUUCAGUUGCGGUUCCUCCACUCCCUACGCGAGUGUCGUCUGCCAUUGUUGACAACACUUCGACGAGAGGGAGGAAGAGGAAGGUCCCUGACACACGUGGGCGAGAGCUGCCACAGAGACCUGCAGUGCAGGGUAGACCACGCGGGUGCCCCCCAGGGGGUCGAUCGGGGAGGGGUAGAGGGAGACAGGGCGCCGCAGGAGCAACAGAGAGGUUGUUGGGAUCGCUCGGUGCUAUAGGGGGCGGGUCACUAUCGCCCAUAUCCAUGCAUGGAGUGAGGACUCGUUCUCGUGGUGCUGCGGACAGGACGAGGCGUGUCGAGGUUCAGGAGGAUGACGACGAUGAUGAGCAAGGCAGCGGUGACGGGUCGGAGAGCGAGUACGAGGCUCCGUCACACUCCUCAGAUGAUAACGAUGACGCAGAUACUGGAGGGGACGCUGUUGAUGCCCAGUAGGCUUACGAGGUCACGAUGGUCCAGGACUGUUGCUGCAGAGAGAGAGAGAGAGAGAAAGAGAGAGAGAGAGAGAGAGAGGCAUGUGUGUGUGUGUGUGUGUGUGUGCGUGUGCGUGCACGCGUUUGUGUGAGAGAGAGAGGUAGGUGUGUAUGUGAGAGAUAGAGGUAGGUUUGUGUGUUUGUGAGACAUACAGGUAGGUGUGUGUGAGAGAGAGAUAGAGAUAGGUGUGUGUGUGUUUGUGAGAGAGAGAGGGGCACACAUAACUUGCACUUAGAAUCUUGUGUAUGAGAACA